AUGCCGUCUGAGUCUGAGGCAAAAGAAACUUCGGCAGCGAAGCCAACUCCUCCUGCGGUCCACUUGGGUCAAGGUCCCGGCAUCGGUUUCCGGUACGUAUGGCCAGGGGGUGAAGCUCCUGUCUACCCCUACGCCUCUCUUCCUGACCCCUGCCGUCCCCAAGAUGUCGACCACACUACUAUACGCUUCAACUUCACUGCGCCCAUACCUUCCGAGCCAUCUCGGAAAGCAAAGGCCAUCAGCGCGAUCAGGCAGCAGCUCACUGAGGCUGGCAUCAAGCUCUUGCGAUCUGAGCCCGAUAUUCGCUUCCCAGCCGGGCCCCGCUCCUAUUUAGACGUCAAGUCUUUCUCAAAGGAAAACCUGGAAGCAGCACAGAGCGUCUCUCUCAGCUGGGAAGGCCAGAAACUGGAGUGGCAUUCCUCCGGUGUCGCACUACCCGAAGGCGUCUUCAUCGGUCUCAUCGAUGGCCUGCCGCCUAACACGAACAUGACACGGUUCCUGCACCACUUUUACCGGUGGUUUCGGCAUGAUUUAGACAUCCAAAGUAUGUGGGCCAACUACGAUUUUGAUGCAUCCGGCGAGGGUUGGUUCCUUGGUCAAGUCGCCUUCUUGGCCAUCUAUAAGCUCGACUGCUUCGGAGACUACUGGAUCCCCGGGUAUUUCAACUUCGAGGGUAGAGACUUCGAGCUGCAUUUCCGCGGUCGUGGCAACGCCUGCACCUUCUGUCUCUCCGCUCGCAGACAUCGACACGAUACGGAAGACUGCGAACAUCGAACGUGUAGCGUGUGCGGCCAAGAGGGUCAUCCUCAGCGCGUGUGCCCAGACGAUGUUCCUAAAUGGACUCCGAGCGAGAACGAAUACAGCUCAAGGUCGGCAUCAGGCUAA